UCACACCGGCGUGGACGGCAUAAGUCAAGAAGGAGAAGAAGAAGAUCAUGAGUUUGGUUUCUUCAAAAGAUUUGUAACUGAAACUAAAUUCAACGCUUGGUCCGUCUAAUUGUAACGGACGGCAGCUGCGAGUAGCACACGAGUGUUUCUUUUUUUCUUUACCAGUAGUUAAGUUACUAAUGCGAAUGUACUCCCUUCCAGUAAUUUCACUUCCGUUCAUCUAUUGUCCGCAAACAUGGCGGGUUCCAGUCAUUUGUGCGUGUUAUUUGGAAUCAUCGGACUUGCUCAUUCAGCUUAUUCAGCAGCACAACAUCGAUCGUACCUAAGAUUAACAGAGCAAGAGUUCACAAGAUUACCAACAGAUAUCUUUGUUCAGUGCAUAAUUAGUCUGCUACUGACAUGCUACGGAGUGAUAAACGUUGCAGGGAAGUUCAGAGAAAUACGAGCAACAGUGGAGUUAGAAGCUAGAUCAAUGGAUACUCUAUGCAACAGACCAUCAUUCUACUGUUUCUCACAUCGAGGUCAAGUCUUACACCGGGCUGAAGAAAAUCAACAUGGCUGAUUGUGACCUUUGAACUCUCAUUGAACUCAUAUGUGAUUGGUCAAAAUCCCUGCCCAUCAGCGGCCUGCUGAGGACAUCAAAAGAAAGUUGGUAUUACAUCGAAGGUGCUCGAGGACGUCAAGAUUUAUUGUUAUGUUUGCACUUUAUUUCUGUAAUUUCAAAUGUUAGUGAUUCAUAAAUGGAUUUAAUCAGCCUUGGCACCCUUUCACGAAACCAUCAUAAGUACAAGUUCAAAGGUAUCCGAUUGAAAAGCAUGUUAAAUUGGGUUGUCACGUUUCAUUGGGUUGUCGGUGAACUUGUACUUAUGGUGGUUUUGUGAAAAUAUGCCCUUUAUUCACAGAUUCAUAUUUAUGGAUCUUACUUUAUAAAAUUUACAUUUCACCUCUAUCUUCUAAGUUAUUGUUAAAGGUUUUUCCCAUGAUAACUUGAAAGAACCAUCUAUUCAUCUGUUAUGUGUGAUAGCAUUUGUAUGGAUAGUGUUCAUCUUCAUGUAUCUAUCUUAAAUACAUUGGUUGUUGCUAUACCAAGUUAUCCUCAGGUAGUCUUCUGGCAAUGUCUUGGGUUGCCAAGAGAAACUGUAGUUCUAGUUGUAUGAAUGAAAUCUCAAAAUAUUUGAAAAUAAUCCCAUAAUCAUUUAACCUUAUCAAGCCUAUAAUGAAGCUGUAGUUGUCAACUAUUUCUGUACUAAAAUCUACAUGUCUGUAAUCUGUUGAAAACUACAUGUACAGUAGCUUCGUAAGGUUGUAUGAAUAUAGGCCCUGGUCUGUUUGAUUUAAUGUUCAUUUUGCUGCUUAUUCGUUUAUCAAAUUAGCUUUAUUUAUUCUGAUUGGUAAUGAAUAACCGAGUAUGAAAAUCCACUAUAAAGACGGAGGUCAAAGUUGGCAAUUCUCUUCUUUUUUUUAAUAUUCAAACACUUACCGGCUAUCAUACCAGACGUUUUAAUCACUCAAUGCCCAUUAAACACAUUGUAUAUUUCUAACUCACAGGUGUGUGCAGCCCAAUUUUUUUGUCCAAGUAGCGCUUCUGUAUCUAGUCUGUAUUUCUGUCUUAGGUAUAAUUUAAUUGUUUAUCUCUUUGGUUAUUCCUGUAAGUUAUUGUGGACCUAUUUCCGUUGAAUUGUCACUUUUGAUUAUGUGAUCUUUGGUGGUAUGUUGACUACAUGUAUUUAAAUAGGUUUGUAACUUUAUAAUUGUAUUUCUACUCUGAAUAUUUGUUAAAAUGGAAAUCAUCAGUUUUUUAAUGCAAUGUGAAAUCUCGUGUCAUAAAUGUGAACAAUUUUGCCAGUAAAUUCAUAAAAAUAGAAAAAACCCAAGCAAUC